AUGAGAGGCAGUGAUCCUUGUGCUCAAGAUCAAGAUGAAUAUACGCCUGUCCAUUAUGCCGUCGAACAUGACGACGUAGUAAUGUUAAAGGCCUUGACUGUUCGAUUUCAUGUACAAAUUAAGACCCUUUCAGAUAAUGAAGUCAAUCGUAUCCAUAAAAAUUGUCAACGAGCAUUAAUUGUGAGAGAGAAUCAUGGGAAAAUGACAGCGUUUAUGUUAGCAUAA